AUGAAGUCUUUUUAUGCCGAGGCCUUCAGGAGUAGACUCAAGCCACAGACCUUGGCGGAUAUCGCAGGUUGGGAUGCGGCUGUGCAUGGCUUUUGCCGGCCAAUUUGCUGUGGCGACCUGCCCAAAGGGCUUUCUGGCAGCGCGAAGAUCACGGAGCAUUUUUUUAUCUCGACUGGCCUUCAACCCAAGGAGUGGUCGCCUCAUUUAGAAAAUAUCCCGAGUUUGCACCCCUUCAUGCAGACUUUACCGCGGGGGGUGCCGCAUCCCGUCGGCUGCACGCUCUUUCACUCAGACCAACCGAGCAAGGAGGGCUAUCUGCACACCCUCCUGCAUUUCCUGCCACCGCGUCCAUCCGAGGCUUUAUCGGGCAGUCUUACGGAGUACUCCUUGGGAGAGCCCCUGGGUGAGAUGUCGUGGGAAUCGAUUAAGGCGACGGCGCCAAAGCGGGAUCGAUCAUCGGAGUAUCUUAUUUUCGUUUGUGCGCAUGGACUCCGAGAUGCCCGCUGCGGUUAUUGUGGGCCUGUGCUUGUGGAUCUUUUUCAACAAGCAGUCGAGACCAUGAAGCAGGGGGAACGAGUCCACGUCCAUGCGUGCUCACACGUGGGAGGUCAUGUAUACGCCGCUAACGUGUUAGUCUUCAGUCGCUUUGGCGGGGUAUUCUAUGGCCUUUUUACACCAGCGGAUAUCGAACCCCUUUUGGAGAGCUUCUGCCAUGAUACAGGGGCGAUACCUGCGAGCCUUCAUAGUCGUAUACGCGGCAUCCUGUGGCCUACAGGAGGAGUCAAAUAG